AUGGGGCAAUUGUGGACAUUUCCAAUGGUUCUGCUUCUGCUGCUGGGUCUUUUAGUUGUGUACUUUCUGAAACAAUUCUGGUUGCGCAGAAAAUAUCCUCCUGGACCUUUUCCACUUCCUUUAAUUGGAGUCAGCUGGCAGACUGGUUUUAGACUUACUCCUGAUAUUCUAAUUCAGCUCGCAAAACGUUAUGGAAAUAUUUACAUGAUACUGGUUUGGAAUUUGCCCAUAAUAGUACUGUCUGGAUACCACGUAGUAAAACAUGGGUUGAUCAACCAUUCUGAAGACUUCUCUGAGCGAGUAGAGACCCCCUUUUUAAAGACUCUUUCCAAAGGAAAGGGUAUUAUUCUUUCCAAUGGUCACACAUGGAAGCAGCAAAGGAGAUUUGGUUUACUUAUUAUGCGAAAACUUGGAGUGGGGAGGAAAGGCAUCGAGAGUCAAAUAGAAGAAGAGGCCCAUCGGCUAGUGGAGAUCUUUGCCCAUUCAAAGGGUCAGCCCCUGGAUCCUUUAUUGCCAAUCACUAAUGCUUUCUUCAAUUUGAUAGCCACCUUGGCGUUUGGGUACCGAUUCUCUCUUGAAGAUGAAAACUUCCAGAAACUAACAGAAGCCAUACAUUUUGGUUCAAGAUUUGUAGGUAGCUUCUUUCAUGUUAUGUAUGAAAUACUUCCCUGGCUGAUGCGACAUAUUCCUGGGCCUCAUCAAAAGACAUUGUCCUACGUUGAGUUUAUAUAUGGAUUGGCAAAGGAGGAGAUAGAGAAGCACAAGGAACACCAGUCCUUGCACGAACCCCGGGAUUUCAUUGAUCACUAUCUUCUUCAGCUGAACAAAAGCAAGAGUGAUCCCAGCAAUACCUAUGAUGAAGAUAAUUUGGCUGAGUGUAUUGUCGAUUUUUUUAUAGCUGGGACAGAGACAAGUGCCACCAGUUUGCAGUGGGCACUGCUUUUCAUCACAAAUCAUCCAGAUGUCCAAGAUAAAGUGUACAAGGAGAUGGAAAAUAUUUGUUGUUCCUCGGGUUCAAUCUGCUAUCAAGAUCGAAAGAAACUACCCUAUACCAAUGCUGUGAUUCAUGAGAUCCAGCGUGCCUAUUAUGUCUUAAGUUUUGGCCUUGCCAGAAGAUGCAGGAAGGAUGUGAACAUGCUUGGUUUUCACAUUCCAAAGGGGUCUAUAAUUGUCCCUGAUCUCCGUUCAGUUCUUCUUGAUCCCAUGCAGUGGGAGACACCUGAAAAAUUUAACCCCAAUCAUUUUUUGGACAAAGAUGGAAAUUUUGUGGCUAGAGAAGAAUUUCUUCCAUUUGGAGCAGGGGCUCGUGUGUGUUUAGGGGAGCAGAUGGCGAGGAUGGAGAUUUUCAUUUUCUUUACCAACCUGCUGAGGAAGUUCAGGUUCCAGCUGCCUAAAGGAGUUAAACAAUUCAGUCAAGAACCUAUGAACGGACUUACAGUGCAUCCCCAUUCUUAUAAACUCUGCGCUGUUCCUCGCCACACUUCAUUGUAA